AUAAUAUUCCGAUAAAUACUCCCAUUCAGUACAGGACGGUCACUCUAUCCAGCAGAUACCCAAUAUAGCGUAUUCAAAUCACUCCAUCGUCAGUUCAUCAGAAAUUCAUGAUGUUGCGUAUUACUCACACCUUCGCUGUGGUCAUUGCAUUGACAUCUGGACUAAGAGGAAUUGAAGCAGCACAACCAUGUCCUCUUUUCUGGACACGAUUCCAGAAUCAAUGUUACAGAUUGUUCAGUAACGAUGGUGUCAAUAUAAACCAGGCUGUUGCUGAACCAAAAUGCAAUCAGUUCUCCUCGUGUUCCGGAUCACUUGCUCACCUUCCGUCUGCAAGCACUCCAGCCGAAUACGACUUCCUUCGGGUUUGGCUUGGUGGAAUAAUCGAGAAUCUUGCUGUUACUCCUGUUAAUAUUGGGCUGAAAGCUGAUUCCACUGGGAAGCUGUUUGGGUAUGAUUACACAUAUAUAAAUGAAUUGUAUCCGCACUUGCCCGGUGGAGGCAGUCCUUCUGUGUCAUAUGUUAUUGAUGAAACUGGGAUUGCAACUGGCACAUCUACGUUUUAUAUUUGUAAAAUGAAUACAGCAGGAAAUACAAAUUUCAAAGAUCUCUACUUUGAAACUGCAGAAGAAAUGUAAACACUUCAGGCAGUGGCAGAGAUUCUAGUGGGGUUGGGAAGCCUGCCUUGCCCACACUAGGUAUGAGUGUCAGAUCUCAGUGGGUCAAUUUACAGAAACAUAAUCAUACAUUUCUAGAACUGUUUUUUUGUUAUUUUUAAUGUCAGUUGUGUUGGUCAAAAAAUGUUCAAAUUGGUGGUUUCAUUUUUUUUAUAUACUAUAUUUCAGUUUGCCUUGAUAGUUGGCCAGAUCAUCGGUGUAUUGUAGGUGGGGGUGUCUGGUAGUUGAUAUUGUGUGGUAAUUUUUUCCCCUCAUUUGCGUAAAUUCAGCACUCACAGGAAAGUACUGCAUGGCCUGUUGAGUGGAAACGACCAAUGAAAUGCGGUUAUUACCUAAAUAUAUAAUAGUAAAUCCCUAAUAUAUUAUGGUACUGUCCACACUGCGUUUCUGUAAAAUUUAAAAUUGGGUUUUUGGUAUUUUUGAAUUCUACGUGUAUUAAUCUUAAAAAUAUUUAGACUCCUAUGAAACUUGAGUAUAUUAGAGAAGUUUUCUAUUUUUAAUUUAUUGCAUAUCAUCUUUUAAAUAUUUGUAAACAUUAAUGCAGUUCAGUUUUAUAUGUAACUGAUUAUGGUGUAACAAAGAAUACUUGAAUAUAUUAAUGAUAUUGAUGAUGAUAAUAAUAAUGACUUUGAUGAUAAAAAUGAGGAUGAUUAAAAUGAUGGUGACAGCAUUGUUGACAGCAAUGGGCUUAUUCAACUGGUUCAUUUCAUUGAAUACGAAUUUCCGUUGAGUAUUAUUUUCAUUCGACUGGUUCGUAAAAUAAACUUUGUUGACAACGAAAAUUAACGUAACCAGAAUGCGUUAAUGAGCGUUAAGUUCCAUGUGACCAAAAAAAAAAGGCUGAUUGGUC